GUUUAUUUUUUACAGUACAGAGUCCAGCUUCCACAGGGCACAGCGGGGUGAAAUUCUCAGCUCAUAGCACCCGGUGAGUGAGUCUUGCACUGAGCCAGCCCACAAUAGGCUGCUCUUGGACCCCGCCUUGUCCACUGGCCCCUGCGCUCCACUGCACUCUGCUUUUUACAGUUACUUUUUUGGGGGAGGAGCUUCUCAGAGUCCCUGCUGGUCUCGUGCUGGGGCUUGCGGUGAUGGGACCUUUGCUCUUUGCUGAAGAAACUGGCUCCACUGUCCAUCCACCUACAAGAGUGCUUUGUGGUGGCUGGCUUUAGCAUAUCUCUUCUUCUGUAGCUGUGCCCACAGUCCUCAGGACAAUGGGGCUCAGCAUGCUGUUGAUCAGAGCAUUUGGGAAAUGGAGAGUCAUGUCUCGUGAAGCUGUGAGUGUGCGUGGGAGAGUGCACCCUGAAGGUGCUUCAUGCUGGGAGACCUUGCAGCAGCCCAUGUGCCAUGUGCGGUCAUGGUCUUCCUUUGCAGAUGGCUGUGGAAUGAAACAGGAUCACAACGGAUCACCUGGGGCAUGCAAGGGGCUCGCUCUGUAAUGUCUCAUGAAGCAGAGCAGAUGCCUGUCCUUGGGGCGUGGGGCGGUCAGCUUGCCCUCUGCAGCCGUGUUGCAAGUGCACAGAGCUCCUUCAGCAUGACUGCCCUUUCCUUCCAUGCAUCCCAAAGAUUCUCCCUGGCCAGCCAAGGGUGGCUGAGCUGAGAUACGGAGAAAGAAGCGUCAGUGCAGCGCUCUCAGGGGCCUUGCUGGGCUCCCCCACCCAGCCCAAGACAUGGGGGGCCUGCAAGGUGGGCGGGUCCCCACAGCCCUCUGUGACACGGCAGGGCGUCACAAUGGAGCUCAGCUGUAAGUCCCUCUCCCCACUGUCCCCCGGCCACACUCCCCAGCGAGGCCUGGGAAGUGCCAGGGCUGCUCUUGCCAGUGCCGCUCUGCUCCGCAGGAGCUGUUCUGCCGGCAGGAGAAGGCCAAGGGAGCCUGUGCGAGAGAGUGAGACGCUGCUUGCCAAGAGGCAAGGAGCAGCAGCAAGGGAGUGAGCACUUCUUCCCCAACUGCUGCACAACAUGGCGACUGGGGUGUUCAGAUACCUGCUUUUCACACCCUUGAACCCUGAGGAGCUUUCCCUACUGAAGGACCUCACCACUGCAGAAAUCUGCAAAGUGUGGGAAGCCACUUCAAAAUACAUUCGGAGACAGCUACUGGAGAAGCGGGCAGUGGAUAUUGGAAUCGGGAGCUUUGCAGUUGUGCCAACUCGUGCCGCUGCUGGACCAGAUGGGGCUCUGGAAGUAGACACGCCUGUUUUCCAGUUGAACCAACAUGUCCAGACAUUUUACAAGCUGAAGGAUUCUAAGACCAAAAUUCCUUCCCAGAUAUUCGAACAUCCACUGAACUUCGAGGAGAUUGCUGAAACCAUCUACUUCCGCACGCCAAUCGUAGAGCAGUGCAUCCAUGAGACCCUGCUCUUCCUUGCCGAGGCCCUCCGAGGAAAGAAGGAAGUGGACUUCUUGUUCAGGAGGCUUGGCAUUCUUUCUCUGAGAGGGCGACAGGUCACCAUGAACUUCUUUGACGACUGCGCCCUGGAGCUGGAUGCGACGGGCAACAUGCUGCCAGCUCUUCUCGGGGACUCCGAGAUGAUGAACAUGAUUGCGUUUCGAGGCAAAAACAAAUUCACUCGACGCAGUGUGGACGGCUGCAUCGUGCUGCCAAGGCUUGGAUUGGAGAACUCAAAGACUUCCCAAGAAACAACUUCCGUCAAGCCCCAGAGAGAGCUGCAGCCGUGGGGCGGGGGUGCCCGAAGAGUGAGUGUGUACGAUCCGGUGAUGCUGGCUCGGCGCAGGGUGUCUAAAGCCGUGAAGGCAGAGCAGCAGCACAAGGAGGAGGAGAAGAAAAAGCAAAGGGUCCGAUUCAGGUUCCUGCCACAGCUUGAGCAGAUGUACAUGGAAGAGCUGAGGCAGCCAAAACCUCCAGCUCAGCCGGGGCCCUCUGCCCGUGCCCAGCAGGCCUCCAAAAUGGCAGCGCGCUCAGUGCGCGCUCAAAUCGAAGAAAGACGGCUCCAGGUGCUGAUGGCCUCCAAGCGCAAGGAGGUCGAAGCUGAAAUCCAAGGCCAGCGCAGGGAGAGCACACAGCGGCAGAGCGUGGAGAGAAGCCAGAACCCCUUCCACCGCCUGCUGGAGGGUGACCCUCGUCCUUCCUAUGUCCUGAGAAGGGAGUACAACCAGAAGCUGGUGGAGCAGCACCAAAACACUGCACCAGGCACCAGCAACUGCGCCCAGGGACUCUCAGGCAGAACCUCCCACCGCUGCACGCUGCCACCUUUGCAGCAGGAGAGCUGUCAGCAGCGGAGGCGAGGGGCACCUUUCCAACGAUGACAUUUUCAAUGAAAUAAAGGGGAAUUUACAGCUUC